GGUCCAGCCAACAUGGACCCCCCUAAAUAUGGUCAUGCGAGUGGGUUUUGACAAAACGUACUUGCCUCUGAAAAUUUUUAAGUUCGCCACACCACUGCAUGUCAUCACUAAUGUUCCUGCACCCGAUAAAAAAAUAUAUGAAUCCACUAAUACUAAUAACAUAUAUAACCGGGUCGACAACGUGUUAAACCCAGCAUGAAAAAACUCCGAUAGGUCACCUGAAUAAAUAAGUCCAGCUCUGGGAAGGUUUAGGGUAGAUCGCCUUCUGUGGCCUAUUAUUAUACCCGGACGACGCAUAAUAACAGGUAUCAUUCGUCCUUGGGAAAUGGUAUUUUUAAAACGAACAAAUACUAAAGUUUCGGUAACCGUAUUCAUCGAUAACUCGCUGGCAGUAUUAUAUUGUCUUUCGAGGAGAACGCGACCAGUUAUGAAACUAAUUAAAUUAUUUAAAUAACGAAUCGAACGCAUUUUUCAUCUCGUUUUACUACAUGUAAUACGAACCGGAGUGUUUGACGGGCGCGAAAACGUUCCCGUGAAAUUUUUUAAUCAGCGUGCUGGUGGUUGUACGCGCGCGUUUGCAUACAUUCGAUGUGCAUCGUUUGCGGUCCCGUAACGAUUUGUAGUAGAAAUAACUGCGUGAGAGAAGGAGAGAGGUUAUUUCGAAAAAUGUUUAGAUGUAUCGUUUGUUUUUUUCCUACUGAUUAUUGUCGUAAAUUAUUCAUACAACCGCCACCGUCGUAGUGGAAACGAAAAGACGGAACAAUAAAAAUCGACCAAAACCAGUUUCACGUGGACCGGGCGACGGGGAGGGGAGGGGCGACCCGGGAGCCAUCGUACCUGUUUGUCCGUCGCGGUGUUUUCGUUGGCCGUGCUUUUCACGGUCGCCACCGUCGUGCGCGCGCGCUGCUUCCCGAACGUCCAACGGACGACCAACGUGUCGUCGUUAUCAGCUAUUAUUGUGCGCAACAACCACGGGGUACCCGACGUAGAUAACGACACAUGUACGCGCAUAGAAGGCGAUCAGUGCCCCGUGGUGGGUGUCCUUGUCGUGUGUCUCGGAUUUCCGCUUUCGCCGUCGACGUCUCUUUUCUCCUUUUUCUUUUUUCUGCCUACGCUAUACCGGAACACGAUCAGUAGCUGCGGACAAUUUGCGGUUUUGUUCUUCCGCUUCGCCGUCAUUGCUCGACUGACGGCUGUCGCGCCGCGUUCAACGGACCUCACCACCACCCGAAGAAGGAGCGCAAUGCGCGUCCGCGCUAUGGCGGUGCGCCACGUCUAGAAGAACUGCCUCUGUGGUGGCUUUGCAGUGGUGGUCAUCCGUCCGUGCACCUCAAGACAUCGCCGCGUGAUGGUCGUGAAAAAAGAAUACAACAUCGAUUGGGUGCUGCCCAAACUCAGGAACCGGCAGGUCUUGUGGAACGUCGCGUCCUGUAUCACCCUGGCCGCAGUCGGCAUAUUCAGCAAGAUAUUCAUCAAAUGGUUCAACAAAGCAAAAGUGUACAACCUCGUCUCCUUCGAUAAAGCCAUCAACCGACCUGAACACGUACCACUAAUUACGGUUUCCAAUCAUGACUCGUGUUUCGACGACCCUGGAAUAUGGGGUGCGCUGAGUUGGAAAAAUUUGUUCAUGUCCAAUAAAAUGCGUUGGGCAUUAGCUGCAAAUGACAUUUGCUUUACAAAUUCAUUUUGUGCUCAUUUCUUUAUGCUUGGUCGAUGUGUGCCAACUAUUCGAGGUGCCGGAGUAUAUCAGGAAGCCGUUAAGUUUGGUAUAGAGCUAUUGUCUAAAGGUAAAUGGCUGCAUGUGUUUCCUGAAGGUCGAGUCAACAUGAGCAAGGACUACAUACGUCUAAAAUGGGGAGUUGGACAAAUGAUAUAUAAAUCUUCUAUUUUGCCUAUUGUUGUACCCAUUUGUCAUGAAGGUAUGGAAACUAUACUUCCUAAUGAACCACCAUAUUAUUUACGAACUGGUCGAAAAGUAACAUUUAAUUUUGGUGAGCCUAUCGAGUUAAAAGAAUUAGUCACCAAGCUAAGAGAAACAAAUGCAACUGAAGAAGAAGCACGAAAAGCAAUUACAGAUAAAAUUGAAGAAGAAUUACUUAAAUUGAAAAGAGAUACUAUUUUGUUACACAAUAAAUUAAGCUCUUGACGAAUUGAUUCUCAAUUGUUUAAACAUAAAUAUUUUAUGGUGAUUGGAACUUUCCUUAACUAAAUUAUAUCUGUUUUGAUAAUUGAUAUUAAUAUACAUAGUUGAUAAAGCA